AGCUAUCGGUAGCAGGACCUAGAAGGUUUCUUUUUCUAAUCUCCCCGCGACCUCAUCCUCAUCCCUCACUCACUCUCAAUCUCAGAAAUCGUUUCCUCUUCUUCAGCGCUCGUCCCUGCCCUUGCCGCGGCAAACACUGCCCAUCUUCGACGGUUCCUUCUCCUCCAGUCAUCCACGGCGUCUCUCCUUCAUCCCCAUCGCGACCUCAAAGCUGUUUGCCAAAAUGUCUCUCCUCUCUCAGUCUCUCUCUCUUCUCCCACCCUGCCCCUGCGCCUCGCCGUCGGUUCCUUCUCCCCUCUCGGUUCCUUCUCGCCGUCGUUUCCUUCUCCCCUCUCGGUUCAUUCUCGCCGUCGGUUCCUACUUCAGUCAACCCACGGCAAUUUUGCAGCACUAUGGUGCACCGGUUUUGCUAACCUCUAAAACAGUCUGCAGACUGACCCUUGCUGGAUUUCCCAGAUUUCAGAUAUUUCAAAGAGAAAUGGCAAUGAAAUUCCUUACCUCGAAAACUUUAGACGAAUGUCCAACGAAUUGGUUGCUUACUGAGGAUAUCAAUGAUGGAAAAAAACCAUUUGUUUGGGUAUCUUUGUUCUUGUGUGCACAAACCUUUUGGUUAACUAAUGCUCAAGUGGCACAUGCAAGUGAAUAUGGCAAACCAAACAUGGUUUAUGAGACUGGGGAGUUGUUUGAGUUGGGAAUCCAGCUAUCAUAUUUGCUGUUAUUGUUAGGUUUCCUCGGGGUUGGGACCUUCUAUGUGAUUCGUCAAGUCCUUGUACGCAGAGAACUUGAUCUUUCAGCUAAAGAAUUGCAGGAGCAGGUAAGAAGUGGUGAUGCCAGUGCAACCGAGUAUUUUGAACUAGGUGCUGUGAUGCUGAGGAGGAAAUUUUAUCCAGCUGCUAAUAAAUAUUUGCUUCAGGCAAUUGAGAAAUGGGAUGGAGAUGAUCAAGAUCUUGCCCAGGUUUACAAUGCGCUCGGCGUCAGUUAUAUCCGUGAUGGAAAAUCCGACAAGGGAAUCAAUCAAUUCGAGACAGCUGUGAGGCUUCAACCAGGCUAUGUCACAGCUUGGAACAACCUUGGCGAUGCCUAUGAGAAGAAGAAAGACUACAAGUCCGCUCUCAAGGCAUUUGAAGAAGUGCUUCUUUUUGACCCUAACAAUAAGGUGGCACGACCCCGACGAGAUGCUCUGAAGGAACGUGCUAAAAUGUACAAAGGAGUCAUCGUAAAAUCGGAGGAGAGAUGAUUUCGGGCAGCUUGUAUUAAUGCUUGCUAUGAUCUAUUUCUAACGAGGAUAUACAUUUUUCCAGAACUUUGGAUCGAAAGUGAGCAGAUGUUCCAUGGGUUGCCGUGGAUUUUACUUAUUAGAGGCCUGAAAUAAUCCCCAAUUUGUUUUCUGUAACACCUAAGAAGAGUAUCUAUUUUUCAUAGCACUUAAAUAAGAUUUUACGGAUUUUUA